UGACGUCAUAUUUGCGCGACAAAUCCUUAAACAAGGAAAAAGCCGGUUGAGUUGCCACAUCCCGACGGUCACUCUCACCUCGUCCUCGCCGGUUACCACACUAAUUACCAAAAUGUAUUACAAAUUUAGUGGGUUUACACAAAGACUGACGGGAGCCGUGUCAACCUCCGCUUACAGCCCUCAGGGCUUGAGGUCAAAUAUACCUUCUGAAUCCCCUACCAUCAUCUUUGCCACCCCAACUAAACUGGUGUCUGAGUCAGGUGCUGCGGUGGAGUAUAUGGGUGCCAACAAGGUUCCAGACCUCCAGAGAAUAUUUCAGGCAUCAGAAGAGAUUCCUGUCCAUCUAAAGCGAGGUGUUCCAGACAGACUCUUGUACAGGACCACCAUGGCUCUGACAGUCGGAGGAGCUCUCUACUGUCUUGUGGCUCUUUAUAUUGCAGCACAGCCCAAAAACAAGUGAACUGUACCCAUCUUCUUUUCACCAACUCACAUCAUCAGCGAUGUAACUUUGUGCAUUUAUCAUGAAUAUUAGCAAUAUGCCUCCGAGCAUCAAUCACCAUGAACAGACACUCUGUCCUGAACAAAGCUUCUACUACACAAUGCUGUUUUACUUGUGUCCUGUAUCAGUUCUUCUUACAAAUGGGAUGCUGUUAGUUGUGUUUAUUAGAACAGCUGUUCUCAACCUUUGUAAUCCCAAGGUUCCCGAAAGUCAAUAUUUGGUGCCCGGUCAAUGCUAUUAUUUGACAUAUUAUUUUGAUGUACCCUCAAGAUGACUUAAAUUUUAAUUAAUCUAAAAAGUGAUUUCUAGACCUGGAUGAGUCAUGUAAAUAUUUUUUUUUGUUUGUUUAAUUUAACUCAUUAAUUUCUUCAGAUAAAAAAAAAAAAUGGUUCAAAUAAAAAUUAAGAUUUUGAAUAAUAUUAA